AUGCCGUUAGCUGUUGCAGCGGAGCUGUUGGCAGUGCUGCCUAUCGGUUUCCGAGCAGAUAUAAUCCGUACUAUCCGGGACCCGGAGAAGCCUAAUACUUUAGAAGAACUGGAAGUGGUAACGGAAAGCUGUGUGGAAGUGCAAGAGAUAGGUGAAGAUGAAUAUCUGGUUAUCAUCAGGUUUACACCAACAGUACCUCAUUGCUCUUUGGCCACUCUCAUUGGCCUUUGUUUAAGAAUCAAACUUCAGAGAUGUUUGCCUUUUAGACAUAAGCUGGAAAUCUACAUAUCUGAAGGUACACAUUCCACUGAGGAAGACAUCAACAAGCAGAUCAACGACAAGGAGAGAGUAGCGGCUGCCAUGGAGAACCCGAACUUGCGUGAAAUUGUGGAGCAGUGUGUUACGGAGCCUGACUAG